CGCAUCGUUCCCCUCCAGCUCUCUCUCCCUCUCUCGACGCUGCCCAUCGUAGCACGCCGCCUACAGCCGCUGCCGCCGCCGCCGUGCUCCUAUCCACUUCUCCCCUUUCAUCUCCUGUCGCCGAGAUCGUUGCCGCCGCGCUGCUCUCCCGUCGAGCUCGCCCCUCACCGUUGCUGGGAGGAGACGGUUGACCCUCUGAUUGUAUCGAAGCCGAUGAGUUCGGUGGGCACCGUGUCCUUCUACACCGUCACCGGCGCCGCCUCCUCGUGAGAUCCCCACCAUGGAUUUGUGGUGAUGUAGGAUCUGUGGUGAUGUAGAAGGGCAGCAGGGCAGCAGCCUCAACGCCACAGGUAACCGCUGAGGAUGUUUAAAAAGGACACCACCAAUAGCAAAGCACUCUAUUGCUGCAAUUAUAUGCAGCGUGUGUGUAUCAUGUUGUUGGGUUGUUGACAUGGCCCAUGGUCCAGUUGCGGCUCAUGCUCAAGGCACGGUCGAGGCUGGUGUUGGGUUGGUAGGUGGUCGUGGCCGUGGCCAUGGGCGUUCUGCUGGUCGUCGUGGACGAGCCACUGGCCGUGGAGGUUCUAAUAUAGGGCGUGCCCCUAUUUCUGAUAAUGUCGCUGCUUGCCGAGUGCCUGACGCUGGAGCUGAGCCUCUUGACAGGCGUAGGGGUGUGAGUCGGGGGGUGCCUGCUGCUGGAGCUGAGCCUAUCGCCAGGCGUGGGCGUGGCGCUCGGCAGGUGCCUGCCGCUGGGCGUGGCGCCAUGCCUCAACCAAGUGGUAGGGAGCCAAGUGGUAGCGGUGUUCGUGGCCAUGUCCCUGGUCGUGGUGCUGAUUCUGGGAAUGCAGCCGCUGCUGUUGUCCCUGGUGGGGCUGCUGGUCCUAGGUUCACCGCCGCUCCUAGGCGUGCGGCGGUCCCUGGGAUUGCUAGACGUUACGUGCCAUGUCAGCCUGUUGGGUGUCCUCCUUGAAGCCGUACAAGUGAUGGCUGGUUCCCUUUUCUGAGCUCGACCGUGGCUGCGGUAAAUCACAGAAAACGGAAAAUGUGCGUUGAGUUUCGGCGCACUCGAUAUGAAGAACAUGUCGUUGAUGGGCCUUUGCCGAAGGAUUGGCAUGGUUUCUCGGUUUAUGUGAGUUCGAAGGUGACUGGGGUAGACCGCAACAGACGGAAAAGACGGAAAGUGUCGAUUAAAUUGUGACGUCCUGGAUGCGAAGAGAUUGUUGUCCAAGGGCAUGUGCCGAAGGAUUGGCAAGGUUUCUCGGUCAAGUUUGUCGAGUCCCUUAAAGCUUGCUAUGCAGAUAGGUCGUACUACGGCCCUCCGGAUUUCUUGUGCCAAUAAUGUGGUGCCUCCUUUUGGUUUGCUGAGUGUUCAAAGUCCAGGUCAUCCUGGACACAACGUAAGAUGGUUUAUAAUCGCUGUUGUAAAGGCGCUAAGGUAUAUAUUCCUCCCUUUAAGGAUCCCCCUGCCUAUCUCCGUGAGCUCCUUCGAUUCGAUGGUACUUCUCGUGCUAAAAAAUUCAUCCGGACUAUACGUGAGUACAAGUGUAUGUUCGCUUUCACUUCGAUGGGUGCUACUAUUGAACGCUCGUUUGGUGGCAGCCGUGGACCUAAGAUUUUUAAGAUCAGUGGUCAAGUGUCUCAUCGUAUUGGUUCGUUGAUGCCUAGCGGUGAUGAUACACCUAAGUUUGCUGAGUUGUAUAUACAUGACCCAGCUAAUGAGAUUAGACAUAGGAUGAAUGCCUUAAAUCCAGAUGACAAGCCUACUGGGGGUGUGGAUGAGAGUAUUGUGGUUGGUCUUAGAGACAUGCUUAAUGAGUUUAACACAUUGGUACAGACCUUUCGGGAGGCGAGUAAGAUGAUAGAGGAUCGUAGUGAUGAACCCAUCGAGGAUAUCUCGAUUCGUAUUAUUGGACCUUCAGAGGGUGAUAGUCCACAGUUUAGUUUGCCUACAACCACUGGGCUUGCUGCUUUAGUUGUCGGUGGUGGCUUCACGUUAGAGGCAUCUUCUCGGGAUAUUGUUGUUCGCAGUCGUUCCGACGGUUUGCAGCAGAUAUCUUCUCUGAACACUACAUUCAUGCCUCUGCAAUACCCGUUGCUUUUCCCUUAUGGAGAGAUAGGGUUCCAGGUGGAUGUUCCUCACUUGAUUGUUCCUAAAGAAGAUGAUGACGAUGGACCUAUAGAUCCUAAUCCUGCACCUGGAAGUCCGACCGUUGAGGCGUCCUCUUCAUACCCUUCUGGGGGUGGUGAUGCUUCCACAAAUAGUCAGAAUAGGAUGACCAUGCAGGAUUACUAUCGUUUUAUGUGCCAUUACAAGGGUGAUCAGCCCAAUCCAUAUUUAUGUUAUGGUCUCCUCUCCUCCCAGUCGGUUGUUGAUGCACGUGCGUGCAUCGAUGAAAGUAGAUUGUGGUAUAUCAUAAGAAAUUAGGACAUGCUUAGAUCAGAGCACAUGCAGGGUAUUACUGAUGCGGUAGGUGAUGGGUGUGUUGAUGGUGAUGCUCUUGGGAAGAGGGCCAUUGUACCUUCCAGUCACAUAGGCGGUCGUUGUUACUUCCAUGAAAAUUUCCAUGAUGGCCUUGCCGUUUGUCGGGUGCACGGUGCGCCUAACAUAUUUACCACUUUCACUUGCAAUCCCAAGUGGCCUGAGAUCACAAGUGCAUUGGAACCAGGUCAGAUGCCUUCUGAUAGGGCGGAUAUUGUUGUUAGGGUCUAUCACAUGAAGCUCACCGAGUACUUGGAUGAGAUUAAGUCAGGCCGGGCUUUUGGCCCCAUUACAGCUGUGUUGUAUACCGUUGAGUUCCAGAAGCGGGGACUGCCUCACGCGCAUAUACUUGUCUGGCGGAGAGGGGGUAACGAUGGCGAUGACUGAUCUACAGGCUUUUGUUGUGGGGAACAAGAACCUGACCAUCUGUGUGUAUGUUUCGCUCUGUAGCAGCAUUGUGGAUCCACUGAUAAUGGUCCUAUCAAACACACUGACAUGGUCUUUUUGGAUGUGCAGGUCUAACAUAUAUGCUGAGAUUGGUGAGAAGCUUGUGCCUAAGUAAAAUUGAGACAACCACAUCCAUGUUGUUUCUUGGCAUGGGCAACCACAUCUAUGCUAAUAUUGGCUCCUGAGCUCCUUUAUAGGUCUCUUGCUGUGAAGCUUGUGGUUGGCAUGACUUUCAAGCAUUCAAUUCUUGUGAGGGUGGAGUUGGAGAAGGUGGGGCGUCAGAGCAGAGCCAGUUGCAGCAUCCACGACCUCCUCGGGCAUGACCAAUCCUGCCAGAUUGACCAGGUUGCGGGGUUUGGUCAGCAGUGUGUGUGGCCAGUGGUUGGAGCACACUAAAUUCGAGGAACAAUGCCGUCGUCGACCAUGGAUUCAGAUCCUGAGAGUUUUGUCAGGAUAGGGAGAGACACUGAGGCAAAAGGCAAAUGUACAUGCUCCUUAUUACUUAUCAUAAACAUUUUCCUAUUGAGAUCCACCACUGAUGACAGAAGUCUGCUACCCUGCUCCUGUGAAGGUCACCGAAGGCCUGCGCCUCCCACCGUGGUAUCCUCUCUCAGCUUGCACCUCUUCAUGAACUUCAGCUAGGUAUGAGGCACAAUAAAGGUGGCAAUAAGAUGUGCGGACAAUUAUCUUUGUUUUCGUGACCAUGCUGAUGAGGGUGGAGCUGCCAUUGAGGCACAUUUGGCCUCCGAGGUAUCAAACCCUCCAACCUCCAUUUUCUUUAGGAUGGUCCCGAGCCCAUCUCACCUUGGUCUUCUCUCCUCCAUGGAUUCGAUUGUGUGCAUGGAUGAGGAAAGAGUCAUUGCAAGAGGUGUUGGUGGAGACGGAGGUUGAGUGGACGAUCGACAUACACGACGUCAUCUAUAACUGCCUCUAUGGCUUCCUCGGCCUCCAUGUCAGCCUCCCUGCUUCACUAAAGCAAAAGGGUUUGCAGCGUUGUGUGGUGAUGGCCCUGCCCCUGGCCAAUAUCGAUGCUCAUAGGAGUGAUCUUUGGCUAUGGAGGCGUAGCUUCGGAUGGUCUACAACAGUGUCUGGUUUCUCUGCUGGCUCUAAUUAUGUCACGUCAUGUUGGUUGGCAUACAUUUAUUUCUGUAUUUGGCACUUCUGGUUGGCUGAUGUUGUUAUGUUGUCCACGGGAACACAAUACUUAUGUUGGUGUCUAUGAUAGACUUUUGUUGUUCUACUGCCUGCACCCUGUUCGUUUAGAAGAUGAAGGGGAUGGAUGCAAACUUAUGUAUGCAAUGCAGGAUGAUCAUGGUAGCUUAUGUAAUUGUCGCUGGUCUUCUGUAUGAACGGUUUGCUUCGAUAUUUUUGUGUUAUUUUCUC